UCCAGGGAAAUAGUUUUACUAUAACCUUCUGUCUCAUUUCACCAGUAACUCAUUUAUUAAAGCAAAGGGAUUGGUGCAAUAGUUAAUUGCUGCUUUGACACACCUCAUUUUCUUUAUUUCUCAGAAACAAAAAGCUAAUAGACUAGAGUAUAGCCUCAACUUUUUGGAAACAUGCAACUUUUACUACUUUAAAAUAUAAUUGGUUUCUUUGUUUCCUGCAUUAAAAACAAGGAGGAAAAGCUGAAGUCUGCCCAAGCCAGGUGUUUCUUGUUGGCAGCCUGCUCCCUAAUGACUCUGCUCUCAAAGAGCAGCUGCCUACUAGUCAGUUUUGUAUGGCCUAUUGUUGCCACACACCCCUCGUUAACACACAUGCUGCCCCAGGCAGACCCGGAGAAUGACAUCAACUUGCUUAUCUUAGAAACCUGCGAACCUGACGGGGUGCUGAGGUUGGCCUGCAUCUGCCUGGCCAACUAAUUGUGAGCUUUCUGGCCUACGAUUGGCUGUUAUUCCUCUCGAUACUAGGUUAGGCAAAGACAUUGCCAUUCCAUCUGUUCAGCCAUUCAUUGUUCUUCUUGCCUGCCUGGAAGUCUGCAGCUAAAAUUGUGUUAAGGAGUUACUGCUGAAGCUGCUACAGAAACCAAUGUCUUUGUGUGUUCCUGCUAACGAAUACGGAGUGCUUUGCAUUCAGGAAUACAGAAAAAACAGCAAAGUGGAGUCAAGUACAUGUAACAGCUUCAUGGGCUUGAAGGAUCAUCUGGGGCAUGACCUAGGCCACCUUUAUGUGGAGAGCACUGACCCACAUUUAAGCACAUCUGUAUCUUGGUCAAUGGUAGAAAAACCGACAAUGGAUAAAGUUAAUUCCGGGAAGGAAGGAAAAGACGUGUCUGAAGAGAAUGUGAGCUCUGGGGACUCUGAAGAAAGCGCAAAUUCUGAUAAUGAGUCAGAACAAUUGAGUAGCAUUUCAGUAGAGCCAUGCUUAUUCACUCACAGACCGCUCUCUAGGUCUCCCUGUUUAGAGCCUCACAUACUCAAACACAGUGAAAUUUUGCAAGACUUUAAACCCGAAGAGUCCCAGACUACAUCCAAGGAAGUGAAGAAACUCCCUGAUGUGGUGCGAGAAUACCAAACGAAGCUGGAGUUUGCACUUAAGUUAGGCUAUUCUGAAGAACAGGUUCAGCUUGUGCUCAACAAACUUGGUACCGAUGCUUUAAUCAAUGACAUUUUGGGAGAACUUGUCAAACUUGGAAAUAAAAGUGAGGCUGAACAAACUGUUAGUACAAUUAACAGUAUAAUGCGGGAAACAUCUUCCCUGGAAUCUCAGCGGUCUGAAUCUCCAAUGCAAGAGAUGGUAACCGAUGACGGGGAAAACCUGAGACCAGUGGUUAUCGAUGGCAGCAAUGUGGCAAUGAGCCAUGGAAACAAAGAAGUAUUUUCCUGCCGAGGAAUAAAAUUGGCCGUGGAUUGGUUUUUGGAAAGAGGCCACAAAGAUAUUACAGUUUUUGUUCCCGCUUGGAGAAAAGAGCAAUCCCGCCCUGAUGCUCUCAUUACAGAUCAAGAAAUUCUGCGUAAACUGGAGAAGGAAAAAAUUCUGGUGUUCACGCCGUCCCGGCGAGUCCAGGGGAGGCGAGUGGUGUGCUACGACGACAGGUUCAUCGUGAAGCUGGCUUUCGAGUCGGACGGUAUCAUUGUGUCCAAUGAUAACUACAGGGAUUUGGCUAAUGAAAAACCAGAAUGGAAGAAGUUCAUAGACGAGCGAUUAUUGAUGUAUUCAUUUGUCAAUGACAAAUUCAUGCCCCCUGAUGACCCUCUUGGCAGACACGGCCCAAGCCUGGAUAAUUUUCUGAGGAAGAAACCUAUCGUUCCUGAACACAAAAAGCAACCUUGUCCAUACGGGAAGAAGUGUACCUAUGGACACAAGUGCAAAUAUUAUCAUCCUGAAAGGGGCAGUCAGCCUCAGCGGUCAGUGGCUGAUGAACUUCGUGCCAUGUCUAGAAAUACAGCAACCAAAACUUCAAAUGAAGGAGGACUGGUGAAGAGCAACAGCGUUCCCUGCAGCACCAAGGCCGAUAGCACUUCUGAUGUCAAACGAGGCGCUCCAAAGAGGCAAUCGGAUCCAAGCAUAAGGACUCAAGUCUACCAAGACCUAGAGGAAAAGCUUCCUACCAAAAACAAAUUGGAAACCAGGUCUGUCCCUUCCUUAGUUAGUAUACCGGCUACUUCUACUGCAAAACCCCAAAGCACUACAUCUUUAAGCAAUGGCCUUCCAGCUGGAGUUCAUUUCCCACCUCAGGAUCAAAGACCCCAGGGACAAUAUCCUCCAAUGAUGAUGGCAACCAAAAAUCAUGGAACGCCAAUGCCUUAUGAACAGUAUCCAAAAUGUGACUCGCCUGUUGACAUUGGAUAUUAUUCCAUGUUGAACGCAUAUUCAAAUCUGAGUAUCUCAGGCCCACGAAGUCCUGAAAGGCGUUUCUCCUUAGACACAGAUUAUAGGAUAAGUUCUGUAGCUUCGGACUGCAGCAGUGAAGGGAGCAUGAGCUGUGGGAGCAGUGACUCAUACGUGGGGUACAAUGACCGGUCCUAUGUCAGUUCUCCUGACCCGCAACUGGAAGAGAAUUUGAAGUGUCAACACAUGCACCCUCACAGCCGCCUUAAUUCCCAACCCUUUCUGCAAAAUUUCCAUGACCCCUUAACCAGAGUGCAAAGUUACAGUCAUGAAGAACCAAAGUACCAUCACAAGCCUCCUCUUCCACACCUGGCUAUGCAUCUGCAGCACCCAACUGUGGGGGCCCGGUCCAGUUGUCCUGGCGAUUACCCCUCUCCUCCAAGUUCAGCACACUCGAAGCCACCACACCUAGGGCGGUCCUUAGUGGCCACAAGAAUAGACAGCAUUUCUGACUCUCGGUUGUAUGACACUUCUCCUUCAAGACAAAGAAAGCCUUACUCCCGCCAGGAAGGGCUGGGAAGCUGGGAUAGGCAGAGUUAUGGGAUUGAUGCGUAUGGCUAUCGGCAGACUUACUCCUUGCCUGAUAACUCCACACAGCCAUGUUACGAGCAGUUCACCUUCCAGAGCCUACCUGAACAGCAGGAGCCGACUUGGCGAAUACCGUACUGUGGAAUGCCACAAGAUCCUCCAAGGUACCAAGACAACCGAGAAAAGAUUUAUAUCAACCUGUGCAACAUCUUCCCGCCUGACCUUGUUCGAAUUGUCAUGAAAAGAAACCCUCACGUGACAGACGCCCAGCAGCUGGCUGCAGCCAUUUUAGUGGAGAAAUCACAGCUGGGUUAUUGAAAGAUGAUGCAUCUUUGUGGUGUUUAGUAGUUUCUGUUCAGCUCAAAUGCUGAGGGAGGUUUGCUACAAUAGCACAUGUGAUCUCCUUCUCAGCAAGGAGGUUAUAUAGUAUCCAUUUAUGUGAAAUACUGUAUCAUGGAAUCUGUAUGUAUAGCCCCACAUAGUGGAAGUCUCACAGGAUUGCUUUACAUUCAAACUUUUUUUUAACAUUUCCUUUUUAAAGCUAUAUCCUUGGCUGGAAAUUUUUCCAGUGUGAUUUACUAGAUGUAUCUGUGAUCUUUGAUAUUAAUCUUUGGUGCAUCAGGGGUUUAUAUGCAGCACUUUUUAUCCUUGUUUCAUGUUUUAUUAACUUGGUGUUUGUCUAUCAAUUGCAAGCAAUUAGAAUACCUUCAGAAUAUUGGACAUUUGACUAGACCUAGCCAACUGUUUUUUCAAGCCAAGCUUAAUUGGAAUCUUUUACAGCUUUUUAAGUUAUUUUUAUUUGGGGAAAGUGGGCUUCUUUGUGCUAUAAUCAUUAUUUAUAGAAACAAAGUUAUACUACAGCACUGACUUUAUAUUUUAAACAAAAUGUAAGUUACCAGUUUAUGUUGAAAUGGGUAACAGUAUAUAUUAGAAUGAUUUACAAUAUGGCACUUUUCAUUGUUUUAUUUUGGUUUGGAUUUUUUUUUCUGUUAAGUAAUUAGUUAAUUUAAUAUGGUUGAUUUAAAGGAAAGCAGAUGCAAUCAAUGGAAAAAAUUGUUUCCAUUUUUUUUUUUAACGAAUAAGGCAAAAGCCGUAACUGUUACAGUUUAGAGCUUUGUCAUCUAGCUGUGAUGUGCUUCUAGACAGUAGAGAUGGAAUUGAAUUCCUAGAUUUCCAUUAACCUGUAUUUUUAAUGUUUGUCUUUUUGUUUGGGGGCACAACAAUACUGGAUAAAAUAACCCUUUCACAGUACUUGCCUGUUUUUAAUGAAUCUAAUUAUUCUCAAUGCAACUUUUAUAUUUAAUAUACUCUUUAGCUUUCCUGCUAUUUAUCAAGGCUCGCCUGAGGUGGUUCUAUGUGUUGAGGAUAUGCAACAUUUAUUGAUACUGCACUAUGGAUAUGGUGACGGAGGAGUUGUAAAUGGUAACUUAAAGUUUUUGUAAGAUACUGUAUAUUUUCCAUUUUCCUGAAGGUAGUUUUUUGGGGGGCCUGUUAUAUUAUUAAGGCCAGAUUCUUGCCACAAAUAGUGUAGUUUUAGAUACAGACUAAAGUCUGUUCUAGUAUUAGUAAGGGAUAUUUCUGGUUUCAAAGUCAUGGGUUUUGCUAGACGUGAAUUCAUUUUUGUCAGUUAGGAGAUAGUUACUGCAAUCAGUGGCAGACAGUCGUGUGAUUGACAGAGCUUCGCCUUUGCCUCCAGUCUUUGAAUCUUACUUAGUGUAACAGACUCAUUCUGACCUGCUUCUGUAGUCUGCCUAGACGCCUGGUUAUUCUGAUUAUUCUACAUGCUCCAGUUUGAAGUAAAGCCCUGAAAAACCAGAAAGUACCUUUUACUGUUGAUACAAAUUGUAUCUUUUUAACUAUAAGAACUAUUUGAUUUGUAGAUCUAGUUAAAACACAAGUGUGUAACUAUGAUUAGACUUUUGGGCAACAUUUUAUCCCUUAUUUAAAUACAAAUUUUUAAAGUAAAAUUGAAGUCUAGAAUAGCGUAGAAAAUAAAAGUAACAAUUUAGGUAAAUAAAAGUGUCUGUCUUAGUUUUUUAUAUUAAAAUAUAUUAAAUAAAUUUAUUGGCAUUUUCUUUCUCCUAAAACUUACCUAGUGUGAACUUAACUUAAAAUAAAGGUAAAAUGCUGCCUGAAAAUAAUGUCCAAGCACCUUUGACUAGGAUAACAUUUUCACUACUUGUGUGACACUGUGUGUUGCACGAAGUAGGAUUUGGGUAUUACAGUAAAUGCUUCUAAAAGGCAUUGUGCUUAUUGACAUAUCCAAUAAUCUGAACCGUGUUCAGCAAACUUAAUUCAGGAAAGUGGUGUUCUACACAAUUAUUGCUGUUGUUUUUGAGGUGAGUGUGGCCCUCAUCUGUACCCAGAAAUAAUUUGGAUGGUGCCGCACACACCAUUCUGAGUGGUGUCUGUCUGAGAGCGACCCUACUCACUCGUGAAAUUGUUCUCCUGAUUCUGUCGGUCACUAUCUGUAGAACAAGUUUAAAUGUAGAGCCUAAACCAGUGCCAAAAAUAGGGUUACAAAAGUGUAGUACCUUUUAUUUUAGUCAUAUUAUAAACCUUCUUUUUGUUAGUAUGAAAUCAUUUUUAAAUUCUACGUGUAAGUUUUGCUUCCAUUUUUUUAAUUUUUGCAUUUUAAUUAUUUGAAGAUUCUGCCAAACUUUACUAAGUUGAUUUAAUGAGAUCUUAGGUGAAAUGUAUAUCAGACCUUUAAUCUGACCUCUUAAUGUUUUUAGCUGACGAUUUGUCAUUGCUUCAUGGAUUUUAGACUGUGGAGAAAGAGUGUAGCUUGUCGCCACUUGUCCCGAAGUGAAUAGCUCUGAACUGCCCACACUGAAAUUCUUCAGUAUAAUUAAUAGUGAGUUAAGAAAUAGCAGUUUUCUUAUGUCAAGAGGACAGUUUGUCCCUCUUUUUUUGAAGCACCAGUGUUGCUUUCAGAGCUUAAGAAUGAGAUAUUUGGCAGACUUGAGACAGCAAAUUCUUAGUUAUCUAAAGCAAUAAGUAAAUGGAUCCAUUAUUAAAUUAAAUCCAUAGCUGAUCCCAAACCUUCGACUUUUACCUUAAUCGUAUCUUUUACCAGACUUGCUAGCAAAUAACUGGAGAGAGCUGUGUUAGUAAGUAGUGAAACUGCCAGAAGUGGUCAAGUGAUAGAAGAGAAAGGAUUCAGAUGGAAUAUUCUGCCCCUCAAUGAUUGACAGCUGACUGUACUCGACACAGUAAUUAGCCAGUUCGUUGUCUCUGUGUCUCAGUACAGAGGGAAUAGUACCCACGUGGCCAUAUACUGGCCCUUAGUAUUUUCUCCUUUCUUGCAUGUGGUACGUAAAUUUUCAGUCUCCUUUUUAUGAUCUCUAUAUCCUGAUAGAGUUUGUCAUUGACCUAAACAUUUGAAAGAAAUGCACACCAGUAUAAAAUAUUUGAUACUGUUAGAAACUUGAACUUUGUGUUUUUAUGAAAAUUCAUUUAUGAGAAUAUGUAAUAUAAUUAAAAAGAGCAUUUUUAUAAAUAUAUAUAUAUACAUACCUGCAUACAUAUUUGUUAUGAAGUAUUAACAAUAGGAGGGUGUUAUGCUUUUGAUGGCUGACUUUUCCUUAAUUGAACUAUGUUUCUUUGAGUUGUGGAUGACCAAUUCUGGAGUCUGGAUGACCAAUGAUAAGAUUUAAAACCACUAAAAUGGAAAGCAACUCUUCACUGGUUUUAUUCCUGGUAUUUUUAAAGAAUUAUUUUGAUAAUUUUAAUUGUGUAAUUUUAAAACACAAAAAAAACUUAAAGUAGUAUUGAUUAUACAGAUAAUUAUUUAACAUGUCUUUUAUGGAUGUAUCUAUGUGUAUAUAGACAGUAAUAUAUUUAUAAAACAAAUAUUCUUUGAUUAUGUUGUAGCUGUUAGUUUGUGAUAGGUGGAGGUGGCUCUGGAUGUGUAUGUGUGUGUGUGUGUGUGUGUGUGUGUGUGUGUGUGUUGAGAACUCACAAGCUGUUUUUCCCUUGACUUAAUGGCACGUACCCUAAGGUAUAUUUCAUUUUUGUUGUUUUUUUUGUUGUUGUCCAGCUUCCUUAUUCAAGAUAAAAUGAGACACACAGUUUUCCAGCCAUUCUGUUAGUAUAUGGCUGAUCUAGUUUAUUAUCAUCCAACUCCUGGAGAAUUCCUGAGCGACCUGAAACCAAACAGGUUAUGGCCAGAGAAAAGGUUUAUGUUCCGUAUAGAUUAAACAUGGGAGCUCGGCUAGGGUGUUGAGCUUCCUAGGUGUAUACCAACAAAUAAAAUACAUGAAUGACACACAUGCAUUAGAAUAAGAGAAAGCAGAGUGUUAAUAAACGUAGAGAAAUAUAUGCAUUAUUUUAGAUUGGUCUCGGAAACCCCCUAAGGCAAGAGUUGACAAACUUUUUCUGUAAAGGAUCAGAUAGUAAAUAAUUCAGGCUUUGAGAAUCAUAUGGCCUCUAUAAACCACUCCUGCCCUUACAGCAGGAAAAAAGCCACAGACGGUAUGUAAACGACUGGGUGUGGCUGCAUGCCAAUAAAAUUUUAUCUACAGAAACAGGCAGCAGGCCAGAUCCAGCCUAUGGGCCAUAGUUUGCUGAUACCUGCCCUAGAGGGAGAAAAGCAAGCGUAUUAAGUAGUAAAUCCUGAGAUAUGUUAAUAUAAGAAAUAAUAAUUGUAUUUCAGUUUGACAUUCAAAGAAAAUCUGUUAUUGAUGGUCUUCAAAAGAAGAUUGUGAGACAGUCAUAUUAAAGUACCUUAACUCACUUAUGUUUUUUACCUCGUCACACCCAUUAUUUAUUAGAGAUAUUUCUUGUGUUCAACUCCC